ACAUGCGUUUAGGUCACGUGCCAUGCGCCUAUUUUGGUCUUAAUGCAGUUUAAACGGAAGGAGACUGGCGUAGAAAUGAGAUUAUUAAAUAUCACAAAUAAAAUGCUGUAAGGACAUCGAAUGUUCAUUUGAAGCAGUUUAAAGGUGUGCUGUUUUUAGAGGAAACUGCGGUUCAACCACUGGAGAGACAGGGAGGCGUGUCUUUACCGUAUGCAUGAGUCAGGAAGCGCUUUUACUGAACUUUACACGACAGAUUAUUAACAGUAUUUUCUUAAAACAUAAGCCUGUCAUUCGACUCUGAUUUUCUCCGCGACACUGGUGGCAUCAUGACAGUAUUUGAAAACUGUAAUGUGGUGUUAGAUGUGAAAAAUGUGCCUUUUAAAGAGAAGAAUAAGCUGAGACUAGCUCUGCAGGAGAAUGGAGGAAACAUCUCAUAUGUCAUUAACAAACAGUGCUCUUUUGUAGUGACUAGCAGUGUGAAUGAUCUGAGCAGUAACCGGCAGCGCAGCAUCCAGAAGCUCCAGAUCCCAGUGGUCGAGACGCAGUAUGUGUGGAGCUGUCUGGACCAAGGGCAUCUCCUGCCUUUGACGGAGCAUAAUUUGGCCACAGAGCUGCCAUAUAGCAGCUCUGAAUUCCUCCCUCCUACAGAGAUAAAAGUGUCGACACACAAACUAGGAAAAGAGAUGUUCAAAGUUCACUCUGAACUCCCAAAGACUGAGGUUGAGAUUCUUGAGAAGGGUGGACCCCGUCCUGGCAGGUUCAGAGUUUACAAAGAAGGCGACCAUGACCUGCCUGAAUUUCCUUCAUAUUUUCAAGUGGCCAAGUAUUCGAUUUUUGAGAGGGUCAAACCCAAGACUUUGUCUGUUUUGGAGCUGCAGAGUGCCAAAGGACGAUCAGGCCAGCAGUAUCGUGUGUUGUGUUCAGUCUUGCGUGAAGCUGAGACUGCAGUGGUUCAGGACAAGCUUGUGUUCUGUGUGACGUCUGAAGAUGCUGUGGAAGCGUAUCUGCAGCUGAUGAAGGAGAUGGAGACAGAAGGAUUCGCAAAGACACACACACUUCCACCUGAGGUUGAACGCUUGGCAUCCUAUAGUCUGCAGCAGCUGCUGUUGGAGGAGAAGCUGAACUGCAGCACAUUAUCACAGGAAGUUGGUGUCUUCAUAGAGCUGGUUUGGACUGAAGCUCUCGGUUCCCUUAACAACAUCCUGACAGUCCCCGUCUCCAGCAUCAGCCUCAAUGAUGUGAGCAGGGUGGAGGGAUUGUUACUGCAGACACAAAAGACUGAGAAAGAGGAUGAAGUCAAAGCCCUGCUGGAGGAGGUCAACACUCUUCUACCCCUCAGAAUGAUCGACCCUCCUUCCAAAAACAAGCUGGUGUCUCAGAAACUAGACCUUUGUCAGCUGAUCAGAGAUAUUAUAAAUGUCAGUGAGGCCACUCUGGGAAGCCCCUCGCCCUCGUCUCUGGGAAAGUAUCGAGCUCUGAGGUGCAGCAUUGAGGUUGUUCCACCACAAAACCCUGAGUUUCAUUUUGUCUCUCAGCUGCUUCAGGACAGGCCUGUUCAGAUUCAGGAGAUCCUGCGUGUCAGCAGAGGGGUGGAGCUUCAGUUGUUUAGGGAGGAUUUAGGCAACAUUAAACCCCUCCUCCACUCCACUAGUCCCAGCAGUUUAGUGGGAAUACUGUCACGAGGUCUGCUGCUGCCCAGGGUUGGAGUCGAACAGCAUGGAAUUGAGAGGACGGAUAUUGGGAAUCUUGGAGGAGGAAUCUACUUCAGUGACUCUCUGAAGACUAGUGUGAAAUACUCCAAGCCCAGUGCAACUGACGGCUCUCGGCUGCUGUUGGUGUGUGAAGUGGCGUUGGGUCGGUGUAAGGACCUGCUGAAGAAAGACACCACUUUGACUUGUGCGCCUGCUGGCUACCACAGUGUACACGGAGUCCAACGCACUCCCAACAGACUCUCUGAAUUUGAGGAUGAUGAGUUUGUCGUCUAUAACACAGAGCAGAUCAGACUGAAGUAUGUGGUUCAGUACAGUCUGGAGGGGGACGAGUUAAAAGAGUUUCAUCCUCAUAUUAACACUCAGCUCACACAGAUCACUGACACAACGCCUGAUGUCUUGUCCAGUGAUGACAGUGAUGAUUUGGAGUCCACUAAGAAUCCUCUGGAGGAGAUGAACGCAGGUUUGCUGGACAGCAGUGGUCAGAAACUUCCUCUACAGGCUGUCAAUGUGAGGUGCAAACUGAUGGACCUGCUGUGUCAGGUCAUCAUUUUCCAGACCUACACAAACCAGAGUGCUGUUCCCAUUGAAGCAAAGUAUGUCUUUCCGCUGGAGGAGACGGCAGCAGUGUGUGGAUUUGAAGCCUUUAUCAAUGGAAAACACGUCAUUGGAAAGGUAAAGGAAAAAGAGCAGGCUCGUAAGGAGUACAAGCAAGCCAUAGAGAAAGGUCAUGGAGCCUACCUGAUGGACCAGGAUGCACCUGAUGUAUUUACUAUCAGCGUGGGGAAUCUUCCUCCUGGAGCCACAGUUUUGAUCAAGGUGACGUUCAUCACUGAGCUGGUGGUCAGAUCAGGCUCUAUAGUCUUCUCACUGUCUGGCAGCGUGGCACCAUGGCAACAGAGAGCCGCCCUUAAUCAGACAACUCAGGCAACUGUUGAAAAGAUUGGUGUGACGGAGCUUCAGUCAGAGGGGGAGUUUUCUCUGUCUAUGUCCAUUGAAAUGCCUUAUGAGAUCAUCAACUUGAGCUCUUCACACCGCAUCAAAACCAAGAGGACAGACUGUAAGGCAGUGAUCAGCACAUUGCCGGGACAGACUCUGGGAUCUGAAGGGUUACAGGUGUCCUUCAGUCUUUCUAAUAUCCACAUACCCAGGAUGUGGGUUGAGAACCAUCCAGAUAAAGAUAGUCAGGCCUGCAUGCUGGUGUUUUAUCCAGACUUUAAGUCAAGUGGGGUGUCCAGCUCUGGAGGUCCGUCCAGUGUGAGCGAUGUGGUCAUUCUUCUGGACUCCUCCAAGUCCAUGCAGGGAGACGCCAUGCUGAACGCCCGCAGGAUUGCCCUUCAAGUCCUCAAAUCUCUGGACCGCUCACUGAAGAUCAACAUCAUCUCUUUCAGCACUGAUUUCAAGGAAGCUUUUCCUGCACCACUGCCAUUAGAGGAGGCAUCUGAAGCAGCCAGAAAAUUUAUUAUGUCGUGUAGCGGCUCUGGUGGCAGCACUGAUCUGUGGCGGCCUCUCCGGAUCCUGAGUCUGCUGCCUCCCUGUCGGGGUGUGAGGAACAUCCUGCUGCUCUCUGAUGGACAUAUUCAGAACCAGCCUCUGACCCUACAGCUGGUCCAGGAAAACUCCUGCCACACACGCCUCUUCACCUGCGGACUCAGCUUGACAGCUAAUCGUCAUAUGCUCAGAGCUUUGGCUCAGGCAGGUGGAGGAACAUAUGAAUUUUUUGACACAAAGAUGAAACACACUUGGACAGAGAAGGUGCGCGCUCAGGUUCAGCGUAUGGAGUCUCCAGGCUGCAGAUCAGUGGCAGUGAAGUGGCAGCGGUUUAAUCCCACAGCGCCCCCUCCUGUUCAAGCCCCCUCACAGCUUCACGCUCUCUUCAGUGACUGUCACACUCUCGUAUACGGCUUUGUGCCACACUGCACUCAGGCCACACUGUUUGGUGAUUUGAGUGGACAAGAGAUCAAAACAAUGGUUUCCACCACAGAACUACAAAAGACAAAGGGAACUCUCCUUCACAAGUUAACAGCAAGAGCGAUCAUCAGAGACUAUGAAGAUGGCAUUCUAGGCAGCAGUGAGGCAGAACACGAGGGGAAGAAAGCAGAGCUGAAGUCCUACAUCAUUGAGCUCAGUAAAGAGUUCUCCAUCUUGUCCCAGUUCACAAGUUUUGUCGCCAUUGAAGAGAGGGAGCAGAAUGAACAUGACUCUGGAUUCACAGAUAUUCCUAAAAUCAUAUCAGAGGAGGAUGUGGAUAUUUUGCCAUAUAUAGUUUGGACUGAAGAGAAGCUGAUGACUGCGGAUAUUAUUGGUGCUGAGGAUGAUUAUGUAUGGAUGGAAUCUGAUCCAUGGAGCAGAUUCCGCUCCACAUCUCCUGAACUCCUGGGUUCUUGUAAUAUGGCCUGUUUAAGUAGUGAUGAUUCAGAGGAUGACUAUGGAAGUAUUGAUGAGUUUAUAGAACAAGCAUCUGCAGCUCGCCCUUCUUAUCUUAGCUCCAGUAGCUCCUGGCGUCCUUCAUGUCUUAAUGGUGGCAUUAAUGCUGUCAGAGGCUCUAUGAAAGAAAUGAGUUCAGGGUUUCGCCCUGGCCUUGCCUCUAGGAUUUAUGCACCAAAGGCUGUUUUCAGAACUAAAGGCAGUUGGGGCGCACCAUUGAAAGCUCGUUUCCCUCUUUCCUCUCUUGAUGGUGCCUCCAUAAGUGACAUGCAUCCCCCUCCAGCUACCGCCGUAAUGUCUGCUUGCAGUGAUCUUCCAUGCAUGGAAUCUCUCCCCUCAGAAUACAGCUUUGAUUCCCAGAUGGACAUGACUCCCGUACGUGCCUCCAAGAAAAGUGCUUCCCAUCCUCAUCAUUAUUAUGGUCUCUCAAAUUGGGGCUCAGUGAAACAUGUCUCUGAUACUCCGAUGUCCAGAAUUGGCUCUAGGAGCCAAAGGCGUCCCGCUCCCCCUUCCCCAUCGCUUUUCUCCUAUGAACCUCCUUGCUCUUAUCGUCAGUUUCAUGAAUUAUUGGAAGUCAGAGAUAUUGGCCUUAAUUCCCUUACAGAAAUGUCUGCCACAGAGUUUGCUGCUGAGCUUCAUGCUUCAACUCCUCCUGUCUGUGCAGAUCCUCCUCGUCCUCAUCAUCUCGCUUCUCAGCAAUUCAUGUCCAUGACUCCCAGCCCUGCUCCCCCUCCUGGUUUUUCUCGCAAGAUGGGCGCAUCUUUUUCCAGGAGGGCCAGGGCUCCUGCCUCCAUUGUCUUUGAUCAACCCGAAAAGUUAGCACCACCCUCUCCCCCACAAUCUGGUGGCUUUGGUGGUUUUUUCCAACGUAAUAUAUCAGCUCCUGGAGCAAAGCGAAAGGGACAGCAAAAACAAUUCCUAAAAGGGAGAAAACAAAUAAGCAAACCAGACACAGUGGCCUGGAAUGAGCUGUUUGAACUUCAGCAUGAGGAUGGAUACUGGGAGUGCACUGACAGGCUGAGCAGCUUCCUCAACCUGGAUGUAGACUUUUUUGCCAAUGUCUUCCUUAAGGAGAAAGGCAUCCGUUCCUUUGGUGUGAAGGCUCAUGCUGACAUUUUGAGGCUUUUGGCGACUCUGCUGGUGCUGCAGCUGAUCCGGGUGAAGAAGCUGGAAGUGGGACGGCUGCUCGAGUCUCUCCUCCGACUAAAAGAGUCCCAGGAGCCCAGACCGAUGUACUGGGAGGCAGUGAAAAGGGCUGUGGACUGGGCCUGUCGGACAGACAAACAGUAUCCGUGUGUGUGCAGCAGGCUGGAGAUCGGCUGGGAUUGGGAAUCAUCUACACGUCAACUACUGGGCUGUGAUUCUCCACACCCAUAUUCCUCACUCAAACCUGUUCUGGAGAGACGUAUUGGUGUUUCAGUCAUGUAG